GCAUUUGACAUCCCUAUCGCAUGCGCAGUAAGCACGCGACCGGCGCGAAAUAUACACGCGCGCGAAUUUGAAAACGGAACGUUGAAUACGAACGGUGUUUUGUGUAAAAAUAAAUAAAUAUAUUUUUUUAUUUGUUUUUUUUUUAAACGUUGUGCUUUUUUUUCUUGGUGGGAGCUGGGGAGUUUUAAAAGAUGGCGAUAACAUGCGACUGCCCGAUGAUGCAGCCGGGCCCCACGCUGGCGGCCACCUGCGGAGGAGGCGCCUUCAUGCUGUUCAUGGGCCUGCUGGAAGUCUUCCUCAGGAGCCAGUGCGAUCUUGAAGACCCGUGUGGAAGAGCUCAGUACCGUCGUCACAUGGACUCGGUGUACGACUUCAUCGUGGUGGGAGGGGGGUCGGCAGGCUCCGUGGUGGCGGCGCGACUGUCCGAGGUGCCGGAGUGGAGAGUACUGCUGCUGGAAGCUGGUUUCGACGAGCCGACUGGAGCACAAGUGCCGUCAAUGUUCCUGAACUUCAUCGGGUCGAGCAUCGACUGGGGCUACCAGACGGAGCCCGAGCCGGCUGCCUGUCUCGGGGAAACUGAUCGCAAGUGCUACUGGCCCAGAGGAAAGGUCCUCGGCGGUACCUCAGUGAUGAACGGCAUGAUGUACAUGCGUGGCUCCCGCAAGGACUACGACAGCUGGGCAGCAGCCGGCAACGAGGGCUGGUCCUACGAAGAAGUACUGCCUUACUUCUUGAAGUCAGAAGACAACAAGCAGGUUAAGGAUAUGGAUCAAGGAUACCACGCCACUGGAGGACCGCUCACAGUCGCACAGUUCCCAUACCAUCCACCUCUAAGUUACAGUUUGGUGAAAGCUGGAGAAGAAUUGGGCUACAAACAACGUGACCUGAACGGCAUCCACCACACUGGCUUCUCAAUCGCUCAGACGACCAACCGCAAUGGCUCCCGGCUGAGUGUGGCCCGCGCCUUCCUGCGACCAGCCAAGAACCGCCCCAACCUGCAUGUGAUGCUGAACGCCACCGUCACCAGGGUGCUCAUCAACCAGACCACCAGGCAGGCGUAUGCUGUCGAAGUCAGGAACAGCUUCGGUGGCACUGAAGUCAUUUUUGCUAACAAUGAGAUUGUUUUAAGUGCUGGUGCAGUGGCUUCUCCUCAAAUUCUGCAGCUGAGCGGUGUGGGAGACCCACAAGUCCUGUCUCGUGCAGGCGUGAAGCUGGUACACAACCUGCCCGGUGUGGGCCGCAACCUGCACAACCACGUGGCGCACUUCCUCAACUUCCAAGUCAAUGACAACAACACCACCCCCCUCAACUGGGCCACCGCCAUGGAGUACCUGCUGUUCAGAGAUGGGCUCAUGUCAGGAACUGGAAUUUCUGAAGUGACCGCCUUCAUCAACACGAAAUAUUCAGACCCUGCUGCGGACAAUCCAGACAUCCAACUGUUCUUCGGUGGUUUCCUGGCGGACUGCGCCAAAACUGGCAUGGUUGGCGAAAGGCUUGACAACGGCUCCAGAAGUAUUCAGAUCAUACCGACAGUACUCCACCCUAAGAGUAGAGGACGGUUGGAGAUCAAAUCCGCCGAUCCAUUUGAACAUCCCAAGAUCUUUGCCAAUUACCUAACCCACCCAGAUGACGUGAAAACUUUAGUGGAAGGUAUCAAGUUCGCCCUCAAGUUAGCCGAAACUAAAGCCCUGAAGAGGUACGGAGUGAAACUGGACAAGACUCCUGUGAAAGGCUGCGAGAAGUUCAAAUUCGGAUGUGAUGCGUACUGGGAGUGCGCUGUGAGGAUGCAGACGGCGCCUGAGAAUCACCAGGCUGGUUCUUGCAAGAUGGGACCAAGGGGAGACCCUUCUGCUGUCGUUGAUAACCUACUGCAGGUCCAAGGAAUAGACAGGUUACGAGUGGCGGACGCGAGUAUAAUGCCGGCCGUGACGUCAGGCAACACCAACGCGCCCGCCAUCAUGAUCGGAGAGCGAGUCUCCGACUUCAUCAAGCAGCGUUGGUUAGGAAUAACCAAUGCCCCGUACCCAGUCCCGCACGGCGGUUUGUCCAACGUGCUGCAGGCGAGCGACUCGCAGCCGCAGCUCGCGUGGCAGCGGUGGGUGUGACCGUGACGUCACACACAAUGCACCACUGCCUUUAGUGUACAUAUUUAGUGUUAAGUUGCGAUGUCACAAAGUUAAGGAGUUAGUUUAGGUUUGAAUUAAUGAAAAUAAUACUCAAUUGCCAGAUUAUAGCCUAUUCAGACAACAAUUCUAUGAUUAAAACAUUUUUUUUUUAAAUUAAUGUGAACAAGAACUCUAGAAAUCAAAGUACAAAUAAAAAAAGUAAUUUAAAAAACUAAAAAACCCGACUGCGUUUCUUUAUAAUAUUAAAAUGAAAAAACCCUAAAACAAGAAAGUAAUCGUAAAAUUUAAGCAGUCGGGACCCAUUCUAAAUAUAAAGACUUUGUGAGGGCACAUACGGCUUGCUUUCUAGAAUGGGUCCCGACUGCUUAAAUUUUACGAUUACUUUCUUGUUUUAGGGUUUUUUCAUUUUAAUAUUAUAAAGAAACGCAGUCGGGUUUUUUAGUUUUUUAAUUACUUUUUUUAUUUAUUUAUUUUUACUUUUAUUAUUUUUUCAUUUUGAUAUAUCUAGUGUCACUCUGACAGUAAAUACGAAUCAAACGACCCCUAUCAAGUGGAAAUCCAUUGAGUCGUUCAGGCUAGAGAAUGAGAAAUAUUCGCCAAAAAUCCGCAAUUUUGAUUUUUUAUUAUUUUUAUAUAUCCAGUGUCACUCUCACAGUAAAUACGAAUCUAACGACACCUCUCAAGUCAAAAUCCGUCAAGCCGUUUAGGUUAGAGAGUGAGAAAUAUUCGAAUUUGGCGCCAAAAAUCCGCCAUUUUGUUUUUUUUUAAUUUUGAUAUAUCCAGUGUCACUCUCACAGUAAAUACGAAUCUAACGACACCUCUCAAGUCAAAAUCCAUCAAGCCGUUUAGGCUGCAGAGCGUGCCAAACAAUUAUACAUACAUACAUACAUACACACAUACAUACAUACAUACACUCGAAAAACAUAACCCUCCUUCUGGCGCAGUCGGGUAACUAUUAAACUACCUACCUUAAUAAAAUCUUUUAACAAAAUAAGAAAUAUUCUGAAGAAUGUUUUCUCAUCCCAAAAAUGUGACAUCACUUAGAUCUAACUAUUAUAACGUGGAACGCCCUGCGUUGUUGUACAAAUUAGUAUUUAUUUGUAUUUUAAUGCCGUCCCGUCGAUGUAAGCCACACUUGUAAACAAAAUAAUUGCACCGUUGAAGUAUUAAUUGCAAUAUUCUGUUACCAUUGCGUGCAAUACUUUUGUAAGCAAGUGUAUAAUUUAUGAUAGAUAUUCUAUAAGUCAUUUUUAUAGUAAUAAAAUGUUUUUAUACAA